AUGUUGAGAGCUCGCGCGUGGAAGGAUCGCAGCAAUCCGUUUGUGUGCACGCUUUGUCGACAGAAGCUGGCUGUUGAUGCCGGGCCGCAGCAUGUACGAACUCUGUCUACUUCUUCGGUCUCGUCGAGGCCUUUAAGCGCGCUGCGCUCGGUGGCCAGCUCUCGAAGCGCCGUUUUCUCUUGUCAGGCCCGAUCGCUGUCUCGGACGCCAUGUCUCAACAACUCUGCAAACAAUGAGGGGCCUCCCAAGACGGGGGGAUUCCCAGGCGCAUUCUCUAAUACUAGAGUGGGGAAUUGGGGCACAUUUGCAAAAGCAGACACGGCAUCUGGGGCUACGACUGCAGCAGAUGGACUGCUGCCGCACGAGCGACUGGCCCGGCGGCAAUCAGCAGCGACAGAGAGUGUGCGGACAGACAAAAGGAACGAGCCUAAAGGCAACGAUCUCAGAAAGAGUACGGGAAACCAACGCAGGAACACUCCGCAAGCGACCAAGUCAAGAUCAGUUCUGGCCGACGUCUUCAAAACCAACCGAGAGCCGCGCCCUCCGCCAACUCCAGAGUCUUGGUCUUCUCCGCAGCCUGAGGGCAGCGAAGCUGCAAAGAAGCUGUCGAGGCUAUCAAUACCCAGUGAUACCUUUGCUCGUCCGGGGAAGCCCGCCGGGGAACAGACAACACGAUCAACAGGAGGUAGUCUCAAAACAACUGGAUGGGGUUCUUUCAGCAACCGCAAGGCCGACGUGCCCCCCCACACACAUGGAGUAGACCCUCGUGGAAACCAAUCCGGUGUGUGGAACGAAAUUACCAAGUCUCGGAAGCCUAAGACGAAGGUGAAGCUUGGAGCGAGACCGCAUGCGCAUGGCCACGAAGCCAAGGCUUCAACUACCCAGCCGUCCGCAGCCCAGGAACCGGCCACUCAAGACUUCUGGGGAGAACUGGAAACUAGAGCCACGGGAUUUAGGGACAAGGCUAAAAGUAAGAAUGAAAAUCAACCUGUGGAUAGGAGGAAGAAAACACAAGAUGCUCAGGACAAACGAGACUCCCUAGGGGAGACGUUUACAUCCACACCCAAAACUGAGGACGAUACUCAACUGCAGAAACAAAGACGAAAGUCUAGAUUUGAAGUAGAGGAGCAGCAAGAGCCCGAGAAACCGCGGUCUAAAAAGGGAAAGAAGUCGCAAAGAGUGUCACAAGCUUAUGAAGACGAAGACUGGGAUGACGAAGCCGUACACCGCUGGGAGCAGAAGCAGCGUCGCAAAGCGGAAAAAGAGGCAAAGAAGCAGAAAGCCGUAGAGGAAGAGCCACAGGCCGUCCCGAUAUUCCUCCCAGAGUAUAUCAGCGCAUCAAACUUGUCCAGAGCUCUCAAGCAAAAUGUUACCCCUUUUCUGCAGGACAUGGAAGAAAUGGGCUUCGAAAAUAUCACUAGCGACACAAUCUUCACUGGUGAAACUGCGGCUCUCAUUGCAAUGGAAUAUGGCUUCGAGCCUACUGUUGAUACCGGAUCCCUUCGAGAUCUCCGUCCUCGUCCUCCGCCAACGGAUGUCUCAGUCUUGCCGUCUCGUCCUCCCGUGGUCACGAUAAUGGGCCAUGUCGAUCACGGCAAAACUACUCUUCUGGACUGGCUUCGCAAGUCCUCCGUCGCCGCACAAGAGCACGGCGGCAUUACUCAGCACAUUGGUGCGUUUGUUGUGAAAAUGUCGUCUGGCAAGUCCAUCACGUUCCUCGACACUCCCGGCCAUGCUGCCUUCUUAUCGAUGCGCCAGCGCGGAGCAAAUGUGACAGACAUUGUGGUGCUCGUUGUUGCUGCCGAUGACAGUGUCAUGCCCCAGACGCUCGAAGCCUUGAAGCAUGCUACGAGUGCCAAGGUGCCCAUUAUCGUCGCCAUUACAAAGGUUGACAAGGAAGAUGCUCGGAUUGACCAAGUCAAAGCAGAUCUUUCUCGCCAUGGAGUUGAAAUCGAAGACUACGGCGGCGAUGUACAAGUUGUCUGCGUCAGCGGGAAAACAGGUCUGGGCAUGGAAGACUUGGAGGAGAAUAUCGUCACGCUUUCCGAAAUCCUGGAUGUCCGAGCCGAAGAUGACGGUAUGGCUGAAGGAUGGGUUUUGGAGUCUAGCAUCAAGCCUCAGGGCAAAGCCGCGACCAUCUUGGUCAAGAGAGGAACACUCCGCCCUGGCGACCUGAUUGUUGCCGGCAAGACCUGGGCAAAGAUUCGUGUGCUGCGUAACGAAGCUGGUCUUGAGCUGGACUCUGCUCCUCCCGGAACGCCUGUCGAGAUUCUGGGCUGGCGAGAGCUACCCACUGCCGGAGAGCAGGUUAUCCAAUCUCCCGACGAAGGAAAGGCGAAGACGGCAGUUGAAUAUCGCUUGGAAAUGGCUGAGCGUGAGCAAAGCUCCAUCCAACUCGCCGAGCAAGAACAGCGCCAACGUGAAAAGGCCGCGGCAGACGCUGCAGCAGAUGCCGAGGGCGCGCCAAGCACCGCUGCUGAAUCGGCUGAGACUGGAAUCCUGACGCAAAACUUCACAGUCAAGGCGGAUGUUGUUGGAUCCGUGGAGGCAGUUUGCGGAACCAUCCUGGAGCUGGGCAGCCACGAGGUGCAGCCCAGGAUCCUGCGAUCCUCUGCUGGGCAGAUCACCGAGUACGACAUUGACCACGCGGCGACGUCCAACAGCAUCAUUGUCAACUUCAACAUCAACAUCCCCCCGCAUAUUAAGCAGCGAGCCGAAGAGGCCAAGGUCAAGAUUCUCGACCACAAGGUCAUCUACCACGUCGUUGACGACGUCAAAGCGGCGCUGUCCGACAUCUUGCCCAUGAAUGUCUCGUUCCGUGUCAACGGCGAGGCCGAUGUCCUGCAGGUCUUCCCGAUCAACGUCAAGAAGCGUGUGUUUAGAAACAUUGCCGGGUGCAGAGUCCGAAACGGCUCCAUCAAGAAGUCGUCUCGCGUAAAGGUCCUCCGCCGAGGCGAGGUAGUCUACGACGGCAAGAUAGACACCCUGAAGCAUGUGAAGAAGGAUGUCCAGGAAAUGGGCAAGGGGGCAGAAUGCGGCAUUGGCUUGGAAGACUUUGAGGAGUUCCAGCCAGAUGACCAGAUUCAAACGUAUGAGGAGAUUAAAGAGAGGCGGACCUUGUAA